AUGGGACUGAAAAGUAUCUUGUUAUGGUCCAUCGUUGGUUACUUCUUAACUGACGUACAAAUUGCUGUGGCACAUUUUGAAAUUGAUAAUUUCAAACCGGAUGACAAUGGCUACAAACAUCAUCUAAUCAUUGCCAAAUAUGGGUUCAAAUAUGAGCAAUUGGUAGCAAAAUACAGCGAAAACGAUAGAGGUGAUGGAAAUACAAGAGAAAUCUGUGCUCCAGGCUGUCAUCCAUGCAUGCCAUGUGAACCUAGCUGUUCGCCAACUAAACCUGAACGGUGUGCGCCAGGCUGUCAUCCGUGUACUCCUUGCAGUCCCGAUUGUUCACCAGCUAAAAACCGUGACUUAUGUGCUCCCGGUUGUCAUGUGUGCACGCCAUGCAAACCUGAAUGCACUCCAGGCAAAAAUGAACUGUGUGCUCCAGGAUGUCAUCCCUGUACCCCGUGUAGCCCUCAAUGUUCUCCGAAUCCAAAGGAUUUUACACCUAACGGACUCUCAGAAAAAGUCAAUUCACUGGAACUAUCAUCAACAAUGUGUGACUAUAAAACAAAAGUUACACUAGAUAAUAUUAUGACCAUCUAUUUCCACGUGACAUCAUCAAAACUCUUGGCAUUUGUUUCACCAGUCGUUUGUUAUUAUAUUCACCUGCCAAUUGCUAUGGGAUUUGUCAUACCACUUUCUGUUAUGCUCAACAGUGUUUCCGGUUCAGGCGCGCCGGACUACUAUGCUCAUCAUGAUGAAAAAGCACCGAGAGUCGUAAAGUUGGCACAACAGCUGCAUUUAAUGAUGACACCUGAAACUCAUGAAAAACAUCAUAAGAAUCCACAUGGUGGUUACGCAUAUUUUAGUCCAAUAACAAACAUUGUACUGGACAAUAGUGGCUUUUGGAAUGUGACGAAAUCAGUCAUGGAAUGGUACAAGAAUAUAAAAGCUGUCCCUGUUCCUGUACCACUUUUUGACUGA